UUCUAUAUGACCUCCAAUAAUGACAUUUUACGGCGUAUCUAAAAAAAUGGCGAGACACUGCAGGGAAGACAUGAGUUGAAAAUGAACCUUAACUCUUUCUCUCAACUAAACGCAUUUUUUUCUGUCCAUCAGUCACCUCAGCGAGUCAUUUUUUUAUUAAUAUUGUGGAAAAAAAAAACACAAGAAGAGUGCUGUCGGUGCACCAGAACAGCGGGGACAGAUUGCUUGAGUGUACAAGGUCCUCAUGCAUGCUAUAAUUCAGCUGAAUCGCCAGCGCUCGACAUUGUUCUGACAGAAAAGCUAACCCUUGUUUCCUACGACGCGGAAAUCCAGAAUAAUGGCAGAAAUCGCUCCGACUCCAGCAGCGGCUCCAGCAAAGGCUCCUAAGAAGAAAGCCACCUCUAAGCCCAAAAAGUCGGGCCCAAGUGUUGGGGAGCUAAUCGUGAAAGCCGUUUCGGACUCCAAGGAGCGAAGUGGCGUCUCACUGGCCGCCUUGAAAAAGGCUCUAUCAGCGGGUGGGUACGACGUGGAGAAGAACAACUCUCGCGUUAAGCUGGCAAUCAAAGCCUUGGUGAGUAAAGGCACUCUAGUCCAUACGAAAGGUACUGGAGCCGCGGGCUCGUUUAAGCUGAACAAGAAACAGAUGGAGGCUCCGAGUCCGAAGAAGAAGCCGGCGAAAAGGGCAGCUCCUAAGGCCAAGAAACCAGUUGCGAAGAAACCUGUUGCAGCCAAGAAGAAGGUCGCUGCGAAGAAACCAACUGCCAAAAAAUCUCCCAGAAAAGCAAAAAAGCCGGCGCCCGCAGCAAAGAAAGCGACGCCCAAUAAAGUCAAAAAGCCUGCGGCAGCCAAGAAAGCUACCAAGAGUCCCAAAAAAGCAAAGGCAACGAAGCCUAAGACGGCAAAAUCCAAGCCCAGCAAAGGCAAGAAAGCGGCUCCUAAAAAAAGUAAAUGUACAUAA